AAGGAAGUUAGUCCCUUGCGCUGAUCCGUCCUCUCAUCCUGGUGUUUGCCUGCAGCAAGAUGGCGGCGGUCUCAAUGUCAGUGGCGCUGAAGCAGGCGUUGUGGUGGAGAAGGGCAGUGGCUGUAGCUGCCCUUUCCGUUUCCAAGGUUCCGACCAGGUCAUUGAGCACUUCCGAAUGGAGAUUGGCACAGGACCAAACUCAAGACACACAACUCAUAACAGUUGAUGAAAAAUUGGAUAUCACUACUUUAACUGGUGUUCCAGAAGAGCAUGUAAAAACUAGAAAAGUCAGAAUCUUUGUUCCUGCUCGCAAUAACAUGCAGUCUGGAGUAAACAACACAAAGAAAUGGAAGAUGGAAUUUGAUACCAGGGAGCGAUGGGAAAAUCCUUUGAUGGGUUGGGCAUCAACGGCUGAUCCCUUAUCCAACAUGGUUCUAACCUUCCGUACUAAAGAAGAUGCAAUUUUCUUUGCAGAAAAAAAUGGAUGGAGCUAUGAUGUUGAAGAGAGGAGAGUUCCAAAACCCAAGUCCAAGUCUUAUGGUGCAAACUUUUCUUGGAACAAAAGAACAAGAGUAUCCACAAAAUAAGUUGGCACUGACUAUAUCUGUGCUUGACUGUGAAUAAAGUCAGCUGUGCAGUAUUUAUAGUCCAUGUAUAACACAUCUCUUAAUCUCCUAAUAAAUUUGACCUUUAAACUACA